AUGCGUGCUCAACCUACUCAAGCCACCACUCCUUCUGGUCCCGGAGCAGGGGCCAAUGGCAUGGCCACUCCAUUCCACCAGGAUCCUCGCACGCCUUACGUAUCUGGCUUUCAGCAAGGUUCGAACGUUCCGAUUCAUGAGAACGCUGCCCCAAUGGCCCAGGCCUUUCCCGGCAUGAACUUUCAGCAUCACCGUGGCAAGUACGCAGGCAAAGGUCGUGCAUCCGUUCCGGUGAACAUGAACGCCAAUAUGGACUGGUCUCAUGCCAACGGCACUCCAUGCGGCAAUCCGGCCAACUUCUUCCCAAAUUCGAAUUUCAUGAAUGGUCUGCCGCAGAUUUCAUCCUUUGUCCCCAACUCUGUUUCAAACACAAUGGGCAUGUACCCAGGAUUGAAUACGAUGAUGCAGGGACCUUACUCGUGGCCAUACAUGAUGAACUACGGCCAGUCUGGCAUGUCUAGCGUCAGACAAUCUCCAUGGACUACCCCCGACGGCCAAAAGGGACCCCAGACCGAAAAUAACACGCCUAAUCGGUACUUCCUAUCUACGUUCAUCCCCGACAUGAACAGUCCCGCUCUUCCGGGAUUCGCUUGUGGGAACAUGUUCCCCCAAAUGGGACCCAACCCAUCCUUCCCCCUGCAGAUGAUGAAGACUGCAAGUGGAUAUGUUGCACAGGAUAUGGAGGCUCUCACCCAACAGGAGCCCGCAAUCCCACGUGCAGUGCCAGCCAUGUGGACCAACCCGUCCGAUAUGACUCUCGCCAAGUGCCUCGAGAACCGCGAGGGCAUCACCAAUGUCUACAUCAGAGGCUUCCUUCCCGAGACAACCGAUGAGAUGCUCCAUGCAUAUGCUGCUCGAUUCGGCGAAAUUGAACGAUGCAAGGCCAUCGUUGAUCUCGACACGGGUCUUUGCAAGGGCUUCGGUUUCGUCCAAUUCUACCAGUUCUCCUCCUGUGAGAACUGCAUUCGCGGAUUCUUCUACCUUGGUUACCAAGCCAGUUUCGCCCAGAAGUCUCGCAACUCUCGCCUCAAGGAAUUGGAGGACAAAUCGUCAACUAACAUCUAUUGCACCAACAUCCCAAUCGACUGGACCGAAGCGGACCUUCGACGUCACUUUGAGCCCUACCAUGUCGUGUCAGAGAAGAUCAGUCGAGAUGAAGAGACCGGCGUGAGCAAGGAAGUGGGCUUUGCUCGCUUCGACACCCGAGAGAUCGCCGAGAGAGUUUUGGCCGAUUUCCACAACGUGACCGUGACGCAUGACAGUGUGAAGUUGCUGUUGCGCUUUGCCGACACCAAGGCCCAGAAGUUGCUGAAGCAGCAGAGCAAUGAACGUCGCGCAUAUCGGGCCGGAGAGUACAAUUUCUCAGUCGAGGUUGUACAAGGAUCGACCCCAUCGCCCACCAUUCGGCGCCUUCGUCAGGCGAGUGCCCACAUCACGCCCGACUCUCAGCAAAGCUUCAAGAUCUCUCCGGGCGAGAUCAGUUCCAACUGGACUCCUGCUACUUCAAUCUCACCUACCUACGCCUUGAUGAAGAAGCCUGGAAACGGCGUGCUGCGCAGUUCUGGGGUCCAAAGCCUGUCCGCUUUGGAGAACACCACAAUGUACCGAGAGGGCUUCUUGCAUCGCCGUUCGGUGACCGAAGUCUCCGGCUCAUCCAAGACUGCUCGACCCGACUCUCCCAGUGCCGAGUCGUACAUAUCAAGCCCCCGCAAGGAGCACCUUCGGGCCAGCUCAAUGUCCCCCCUUCCAUCUCGAAUGGUGCUUACUAUUCCGACCCCCCAGACUUAA